CAGCCCACCUGAAGCACGCUGCUCCGUAAAUCGUGCUGCAGUCCCUGAGCAAUGCCCACAGCCAGCGAUGACAUCGCGUCCUUCCUCUCCACGCUGCCACGCUGCGAGAUGGCCACGGCGGUCUACUGGCGUGACCUAGUCGCGUUCACCGACUCCUUUGCAACGAUGGAUGAUCCGGUGCAGCUGCAAGCCCGUCUCAUCCUGCACACAGAGCGUACAUUUUCGCUGGUCGGCUCUCCGUGGGGCUGCUGCGAGAGCGCGGACAAGGACGGAUCCACCGUGACCGAGGGCCACUUUCGCUUCACCGGGGCGAAGCUCGGCGGCGUCGGCGACUUCGAGGGGCGCGGCUACGUCCGGCUGCGCGACGGCAAACUGAGCGGCCUCUUCACGAUGGCGCUGAAGCUGGUCGAGCCGUCGCGAGUCGAGCCGCCGCCCAAAGAGGGCUGCGCAACGGUCCUCAUCGUCGGCGCCGGCCAGGGCGGCCUCGCGCUGGCGGCACAGCUGGGCGAGCGGGGCGUGUCGGCGCUGGUGGUCGAGCGGAACGCGCGUGUCGGCGACAACUGGCGCAGCCGGUACGAGGGCCUCCACCUCCAUGACCCGAGGGAGGCAUGCGCGCUUCCCGGCAUGCCGAUGCCGGCGGACUGGCCAACCUCGGUCGGCAAGGAUCGGGUGGGAGCGUACCUCGAGAAGUACAGCCGCCGACGCGGCAUCCGCACGCUCCUCGGCACCGAGGUCAUCGGCGGUGCCGCCACCCGCUACGACUCUGCCGCCCGCGCGUGGCGCGUCGGCGUGCGCAGCGGCGGCUCCGACGCUGAGCUCUGCGCAAGGCACCUCGUCCUCGCCACGGGGCUGAGCGGGUUCGCGUCCAUGCCCGAUUGGCCGCGAGACGGCUUCGAGGGGUCGCUGGUCCACUCGAGCGGCUUCAAGGGCAGCAGCGAGGCGAGGGCAGCCGGCGUGCAGAGGGCGGUCGUCGUGGGCAGCAACACCUCCGCGCACGACGUGGCGCAGAGCCUGCACGAGGCGGGGGUGCACGUGACGCUCGUGCAGCGAUCGCCGACGACCGUCAUCUCGAUCGCCUCGCACGCCAAGCUGCUGAUGGGCGCCUUCCUCGAGGACGGCAUGGGCGAGGCGGCUCGCACCGACGCGGAGAUUGCUGGCUUCCACAGCAAGUCCUACCGCAGGCUUGCGCGCGACAGCGCAGCGGAGGUGGUGCCCAAGUGCAAGGAGGCGGACGCGGCGCUGCACCGCGGCCUCUCCGAGGCGGGCUUCGCGCUUGACUGGGGCGAGGACGAGUCGGGGCUACUGCUCAAGUUCCUCCGGCGCGGCGGAGGCUACUACAUGAGCAUCGGGGCGAGCGAGCUCAUCGCAGCGGGUGAGGUCGACGUCGUCUCCGCCGCCGGAGUCGACAAGCUCGCGCGGGAAGGCGUCGUGCUCCGCGGCGGCCGCACCCUGCCCGCCGACCUCGUCGUCGCCUGCACCGGCUACACGAAUAUGUCAAAGUGGGUUGAGAGGCUGUGUGGUGCGGAGGUCGCCGCCAAGGUGGGGCGCGUGUACGGGUACGGCAGCGGGACACGAGACGACCCCGGCCCAUACGUUGGAGAGCUGCGCAACCUGUGGACGCAGACUGCGGUGCCGGGGCUCUGGCUCUUUGCGGGCAACUUCACGCAGGCGCGCUUCUACUCGGGCCUGACCAGCCUGCUGAUCCAGAUCGAGGAGGCGCGCCGCGCGGCAGCGGGCUGAGACAGGGGCCGCGCGGGGCUUGGCGAGCUCUCUCUAGGCUGGAGUCUCUCUCCGGAGAGCGGUCUCGCGCGCGUCGUGCACCAGUCAGAGAGAGAUUCUCCGCAUCCUAUCGAUAGACCACAUCGGUGUACGUCGCAUGUGAAGCAUGAACCGUGAGAUCUUGUAUGGUUCCUAUACAGGUU